AUGGGCGAUCUGGACCUCUCCCAGCUGCUAGAGUCGGGCGAAUACAGCGACCUAAGACUCAUCACCACCAAUAAUGAUGAUGGAGUUGAGACCGAGCACUCCGUUCACCGCAAUAUUGUCUUCAGUCAAUGUCCGAGAUUGAGAGACGUGGUGGCCUCCAUUGGACCACUGAACCAAGUCAACGGAGUUGACAUCGUCCAUCUCAAAUAUGAUGGCAAAGCUCUCGGCACUGUGUUGCGAUAUUUGUACUCUGGAAAGUACGAAGCGCAAUACGAGGUGGCGAUCCGGCGAGCGAGCGAGUCUAGUGGCAAUGACUGGCCUCACUCAAUGUACUGGUCCAUCCAUGCCAUGAAGCUGGCACAUGGACUAGAUCUCUUCGGUCUCUAUAGGGAAUCGGCAUGGGCGUUGUGUAAGGCAGCGAAACAACUCACAAACCACGUCGACUUCCCUGACAUGGUCGACGAGCUCUACGAGUCGUGCGGCCAGCACCCAGAUUUCCCCAUCCACCUCGCAAGUAUUGCAAGAACCAUUGCAGGGAACUGUCUGAUCAGCAGCCGGCUGCAAGAUCGACUAAAACCCACCAUGCUCAAAUACUCGCAGCUUGCCCUCGACGUAAUGGAAGCAAGCUUGGACGCCCUGUCUGAGACCCAAAAAGAUCUUGUCGAGGCACAAGAGAAGAUCUCUGAUCUUCGAGCUCAGGGAUACAGAGCUGAUGAGUUUUGGGUCGAGGAUGAGCGUGAUAGAGAACGUGAUAGGAAGAGAGAAAGAGAGCGAGACCGGGAGAGAAGAGAGGCAGAGGCGGUUCGCGACGACAGUUUUGAGUUCAAAAUUGUUCAAGGCCACAAGAAACGAGGUCGUUCCUCUUCUCAUAGCGCUGAACAAUACCCGGUGCUAGAAGGGGAGAUAUAG